AUGGCUUCCGGCCAUACCAUCAAGUCAUUCCGAUGCAGUUUCUGUGAUCGGGGUUUCUCCAACGCGCAAGCCCUAGGCGGGCACAUGAACAUCCACAGGAAGGAUCGGGCUAAGCUCAAAGACUUCUCCGACGAGAACUUCCUGUCUUUGGACAUAAGCAAGAAUCCCUCAGCCAGCGAAGAGACAAAGAAGGCCGCGAAUUCAGACGACGAGAUUCAAGAUUUUGUUCCAACAUCCAAGCCUAAUUCGGUACGUGGUUUGCCGUUAUUUUCAGUUAGUGAUGAUGAAAAGAAUUCAGAGGAGAAUAAAGUGGAGUUGAUCCAUGGUGGAUUAGAUCUUGAACUUCGAUUAGGGAUUGAGCCUUCUCAUGAUGCAAAGAUUAACAGCUGAUCCCCACAAUAUCUAUAAAUACGAUAUGCAUACGUCCAUUUAAUUCAAAUAUGUAUGUGUAUAGUUGAAAUACAUGGAGCUCGAACAUACUGAAUGGAUUAAUAGAUUUACACCAAA